AUGGAAGAAGAGAUUGAGAACAACCAUUUACAGCAUCAAAACACACCAGAAAAGGAGAAAGAGUCGUUAAGGAAAAGAGUAUGGCAAGAAAGCAAGAAAAUGUGGAUAGUAGCAGGUCCUGCCAUAUUCCAUAGAUUUUCAACAUUUGGAAUCACCGUAGUUAGUCAAUCCUUUAUUGGUCACAUUGGCCCUACUGAACUAGCUGCCUAUGCGAUUGUUAUGACUGUCCUAGUCAGAUUUGCUAAUGGUAUUUUGUUGGGUAUGGCAAGUGCAUUAGAAACUAUAUGUGGACAAGCAUAUGGAGCAAAACAAUAUGACAUACUUGGAGUUUAUCUUCAAAGAUCAUGGAUAGUUAUAUUUUUGGCCACAAUUCUUCUACUUCCAAUAUACAUUUUCACGAUUCCGAUAUUAGAGGCACUUGGCCAAGAUAAAAACGUCGCAAUAGUUGCUGGAAGCAUUUCAUUAUGGUCUAUCGGUAUCAUAUUUGCUUUCAGCGUCUCAUUCACUUGUCAAAUGUUUCUACAAGCACAAAGCAAGAACAAGAUUAUUGCUUACCUUGCAGCAGUUUCAAUUUCAAUUCAUGUGUUUCUGUCAUGGCUUUUAACUGUUAAGUUCAAGUUUGGACUUAAUGGCGCAAUGACAUCCAUCCUUUUGGCUUAUUGGAUACCGAUUUUAGGCCAACUUUUUUAUAUCAUGAAAAAGUGUCCUGAUACAUGGAAGGGUUUCUCGUUUUUGGCUUUCAAUGAUCUUUGGUCUGUUACCAAACUUUCUUUGUCUUCUGGAGUUAUGGUAUGUCUUGAAAUAUGGUACACCACAAUUUUGAUUCUUAUAACAGGGAAUAUGAAAAAUGCUGAGAUUGCUAUUGAUGCUUUGUCCAUAUGCAUGAACAUCAAUGGAUGGGAAACGAUGGUAGCAUUUGGUUUCAUGGCUGGAGCUAGUGUUAGGGUUUCAAAUGAACUUGGAAGAGGAAGUUCAAAGGGAGCAAAAUUUUCCAUUGUGAUAACAGUGCUCACAUCAUUUGCAAUUGGAUUUGUACUAUUCUUGAUCUUUCUGUUCCUAAAGGAAAGAAUUGCUUACAUUUUCACCCCAAAUCCAAAUGUGGCUAAUGCAGUUGGAGAUUUAUCACUUUUGCUCUCAUUUUCCAUAUUGUUGAAUAGUAUCCAACCUGUGCUCACUGGAGUUUCUGUUGGAGCUGGGUGGCAAAAAGUUGUAGCAUGUGUAAACAUAGGCAGCUAUUACCUUAUUGGUAUCCCUACUGGACUAGUACUUGGUUAUGUUCUCCAUUUGCAAGUUAAGGGUGUUUGGAUUGGAAUGUUGUUUGGAAUUUUUGUUCAAACAAUAAUACUUAUCAUAAUCACAUUUAAAACUGAUUGGGACAAGCAGGUUGAGAUUGCUCGAAAUCGUGUUAACAAGUUGUCUGUAGUAGAGAAUGUUGAAUCAAACGACACACCAAAUACAUCUAGCUGA